UGUUGAACAAAGAUUAAAGAAAAAUUCAGUGGGUAGAAAAGAAAAAGGGUGCAUGUGGACGUAGUUUUGGAUGGGAUUAUCUCUCAAAUCAAAAAACUGGUAAAAUAAAAUGUGCCAGAAAUCUCUGGUUGCAAAAAAGAGGAAUUAGAUUAGAGGGAGAGAGAAAGAGUAGUGCUGACGCAAAUUAUUUUUGAAGAAUUUGUUUUCUUUUUUUAAUUUCUUUAAGUUAUUUUCUUAGAAAUAAAAACAACACAAAAAGAGAAAGAAAGAGAGAGAGAUAUGGGAAGGAGGACGACAAUAACAACUGCUUAUACACAAGAAGAAGAAGAUAAAUAUCAGAAUCCCAUUUUCAUCAACAAUCAAGAAGAAGAAAUUUUAUCAUAUUUUCAUCUCAGAUUACUUGUUAUGUUAUUAUUAUUCUAGGAAAACAUAGAGUUUUUCUUUGAUUAUUAUCAUGAUUUAUGCAGUAUUGGAUUCAUCGAUCUCAAUCUUCAUCGGCUCAUCGGGGAAUUUGUCAAGUAAUCAUGAAUCUACAAUGGGCGGACGGAUAGUGGUAUGGGGUUCAGAAGAUUUGUUCAUAUCAUUUGGUUCGGAUCCUAAUUGACGCGAUUAUAAGGAUAUAUAGUUAUAUUUGGUGGAUAUUUGAAAUUUUGGUGUAGUGAUUCAUUUGGGUAGUAGCUAGGAAUUUAGUUUUGCUUGGACAAAUUUAGGUAAAGGUUUCAUUCACUCUUUAGACUGAUAUAGAAACUGCAAUUGAUAUAUUGCUAGGAAUAGAUAAUCUGAAACAGUAGGAAAUUUAUGGGAUUGCCUCAAGUUGCUGCCACCAAAGUCUGUGACGAAGUCACAGCAUCUGUGAGCACAUUUAUGCAUAACCUGCCUCAGUUCAGUGGUGCAAGGGGGUGCGACUUGGAUAGAAUGCAUGGAGCAAAUGUGGGUAAUAGGAUGCCAGGAGAAUUUCCGUGUUCUUCUAUUGGAGAUUUCCAAAGCAAGACCACCUUGGAGGUUCAGAAAGCCCCUAAUGCACUUUCCAAGCGUGAUGGUUUGGGGAAUGAUGCAUCAGAUGUUCAUAGGUUGUGGACGGAUUAUAAGGAUAAGAAAUGUUGGUUAACUCCUACCGCUGCACGUAAUAUUCAUCAUCCUGUUUCAAGAAUUGUAGGUUUUGGAUCAGAUGAAUCGGCUUUGUUUGCUCAUGGGAUAGAGGAAAGAUUACAAGCUAAUGUACACUCAUCUUCACCGACAACUGCUGGGAUUAAUUAUAACAAGACUGAGCUGCUCGGAUCACUAGCGAGAAAACGCUUGUUAUCCCCUCUUAAUAGCAUGCUUUCGGCAAAUAGUUUCAAUGGUGAUCCGCUAGACAUAGUUGGGGGUGAUAACCAGUUCAGUUCUUGCGGUUUAAGUAAUAAGUUCCGGCUAUCUGUGUCACAAGAUCAUAAGAAAGCUAAUAUCGGUAAUUCCAAGUCCCCGUUAUGGCCAACAUUCAGCUGCCCAACAAGGAAUACCAUGCUAGAUAAUGCCACCUGCGCAAGCUCCAGUAUACUCACUGAUGGCCCUUUGCUUGUACCUGAUGAACAUUGUUUUCCACUGCUGGAUCCUUGUAGAGAUAAUCUAGUAAGAACCCAAGCUGGGGCUAUUGCCAUAACCCAGAAGGAGGUGAUCUCGCCUCCUCUCUCGUUAUCCCCUCUAGGUCCCAAAUUCUCGGAAAGAAUGAAAACUGGAGGAAUUUGCAGAAAUUCUAGAAAUGGUGAAUACCUAACCUCAAAGAACAUAGGUAAGUCACUUGAUGGAGCUGUCUCACACGUUUUAUUUAGCCAGGAAGAAGAGGAACCCAACAUGAGGACUGAAAGUCAUAAAGAUAUUUAUCCACGUACCCCUGAAAAAACUAAUAAGGUUGGGCGAUAUUGGACGCCAGAGUCAGCACCUACUCCACAAUGCAUCAAAAUGAUUAGAAGUGUUAGAAGAUCCUUGGUUGGUUCAUUUGAAGAAUCUCUGUUAUCCGGCCGGCUCUCUUCUGGCAAAGCCAGUCAGACAAUUGAUGGCUUUCUUGCUGUUCUUAAUAUCACUGGAGGGAGUUUUUCGCCACCACCACAAAGACUUCCCUUCACAGUAACUAGUGUGCAUGGAGAUAGUUACUUGCUAUAUUAUUCAUCUAUCGAUCUUGCUGGAAAUUUACCGUCAAAUAAAUAUAAACCAUCAAAGCUCAAGAGAAGCCUCAGCAACAAUGAUUCUAGAAAAGCCAAGACUCACCUGCGCAUUCCUGUGAAAGGGCGAAUACAGCUGGUUCUCAGCAAUCCAGAAAAGACACCUCUUCACACAUUCUUCUGCAAUUAUGAUUUGACUGACAUGCCAGCUGGAACCAAGACAUUCUUGCGUCAAAAGGUUACUCUAGCUGCUUCCAAAGGAGGAAGCACGAAAUCUGCUCCAGUAUCAAAGCAGUGCCAUCCAAUGAAGCCUGUUAGAGAAGUUCCCAACCCUAAUGAAGUAGUUGACACUGUAAAUAACUUGGGUUCUGUGAAUCAAAGUUCUAAAGUUAUAAAAAGUGAUAGAUCCCAUUUUAUGGGAUGUGUAUAUAGUGGUGAUAAUCAACAAUAUCCCCAGCCAGGUCGGACCCAACAUAGUGGAGAGAUGAACUGCUUGUUGCUUUCUCCAGGGGAUGAUCUUUCUCAGACAAAUGAAUUACAUGGCAGUCAGCAGGAGAAGACUCCAAUGGAAACGAGUGAAGAAACUGACAAGAGGUUUUUUCAUAGUCCUAUCAAUGAGAACACUGCUGGUGUUCUGCGGUAUGCCCUUCAUCUUCGUUUUCUAUGCCUCUCUAAGAGAUGUUCAAAGUCGCUGCAAAGGUGCAAAUCUGAUCCUUUAUCCAACCCACAAACUAAUAGCUUGGACGUUGGAGGUGAACGGCGAUUCUACUUAUAUGAUGACUUGAGGGUCGUUUUUCCUCAGCGCCAUUCAGACUCUGACGAAGGAAAGGCUUUGUUUACUUUGUCAUGGCAGUUGAACACAGACUACCAUUUCCCGGAGAAUCCAAAAUACUUUGACUUCCAAGACUGAUAUCUCGACAUUCGACAACGAGAACAAUGUACGUAGUCGUCUCUCCUAGUAAGGGACUCUCCUAUAUUCACAUUCUCGAUCAUGCUGGCAUAUUUGUACAUAUUCCGGUCAUCAACACCCACAUCAUUUCCUUCCUUUUUGUUCAUAAUGGGUGAGACAUCAAUCAACCUGUAAAGAUUUUCGUCUUUUCAAUAAAAAAAUUAAACAAUAAUGUUCAAUUGUAAAAGUGUUUUUUCACUUUCA